AUGGCUGGCUAUAACUGGUUGUUGUUGUCUGUGGGAUGUCUGUUCCUCGUUUACCAGUUAACACUAUGUCAACACUCAUUUGAAAACACCGUAGACCAUGUCCUGAGGAAGGUUCUCCAGUGUCGCCCGACACACCCUGGUUUAACUGUUAGCGUCGUAAGAGGCGGCCAUGUUCUAUUGUCUAAAGGGUAUGGGGUAAGGAACAAAACUACCCACCAGCCCGUUACCAACACAACGCUUUUCGCCCUUGGCUCGAUCAGUAAAGCGUUUGCCGCUACUCUGUUGAUGAAGCAGAUUACAAAGCACAAUCUAACCAUAUAUUCAAAAGUGGCCGAUAUCCUUGGAAAUGGUUUCCAGUUUUCUACCAAUCUCCGAACAGAAUAUGCUGCUAUCAGAGAUCUGUUGUCCCACACCAUGGGCUUUCCCCGUCACAACAUGAUUCAUCUCGACCCAAAAUUAACACUACAAACAUUGCCAGGUCGUAUGAAAUAUCUGAAAUCGAACUACCCUUUCCAAAGCACGUAUGAAUACAACAAUUUAAUGUACGGGCUUGUCUCUGCUAUAUCGGAAAAGCUUGGGAGAACGUCUUGGGAGGACCUUGUCCACCAUAAUCUAUAUACACCUUUGGGGAUGACAUCCUCGUCCUUCCUUUCAAGAGUUGACCUUUCAAAGUCAAAGGUCGCGCAAGGAUAUGUUACCGCCCCAACUACAGGGCAUAGCCACGCUAUACCAUUCGAUUUACUCAGAGCUUGGAGCAAUAUGCCGGGUGCAAUAGGGAUUAUGAGUAACGCCGAUGACAUGACAAAAUGGAUGAGGUUUCACCUUAGUCAAGGAAAAAGCGUAUCUGGGACACGAGUCAUAGACAGUGAUGUACUGUCCACCAUUUACUAUCCCCGGAAUCCUAUCCGGAGGUCCUCCAUCGCCAAAUACUUCAGCAAGCCUAAGGUGCCAGUCACUACUACCGAGUACAGCUACGCAUUUGGAUGGCGAAACGGCUAUUAUCGAGGUUAUCCCAUACUCCGCCACACUGGAACUAUUUCGGGCUAUUCGUCUCUGCUAACACUUAUCCCAAACUCUGAUAUAGGAAUAUUCACAUCCAUGACUGGAUCUGACCCACAUUACAUUCUUAGAACGUUACUUCAUAACUACUUGGCUGACGUCGCCCUCGGAGAAUCUCCUUGGUUAAACGAGACAACCCUCUGUACCUUUCCUGAACCAUGGAUGAGGGAGCACAACUCAUUGUCUCCUGCAAUAGAAACGGACAAUCCGUUCCACCGUAACGUCAAUCAGUAUGCCGGUACAUACCACAACGACCUGUAUGGAACAAUAACUCUGCAUGUGUCGACUCCCAACAACCAUUUAGUGAUGCAAUAUGGCAUCGCAAGCUGGUUUCUUUAUCCAAAGCGUACUGCCGACAGUUUCAGUGGGAAGGGCCAUGGACUGGCAGCUGUCGUUUACGAUCUAGAAUCCAUCGUCUUCAACACUGCAGGUCAUAGUACGAUCCAUAACAUGAUAAUAUCCAGUUUCGAAUCGUCUGAUCCUCCUGUGUUCACCAAGACCUCGUCUCAUUCAACGUCACACAAUGGCCCUAUCAUUGGUUAG